UACACAUCAUGAUGCUUCUUCUUUGCUGUUGUGACUUUUUAAACGAGCGCGCGCACACUUGUAUUUCUUUUCUUUUCUUAUUUCAAUGUCUAUAGGUAAACUUUAAAACCACACACAAAAUGAAUCGAAAAUGUCUAAUGGUUUAUAGAGAAUAAAGCAAAUCCAGAUCUCAUUGAUGAAUCACUACGCAACCGUAUCCGUGGAUUUGCUGCCGGUAUGGCUUCUGGUAUAACAAAAUUAGUUGUGGGUCACCCCUUUGAUACCGUCAAGAUUCGUAUGCAGACAACAAGUAAAGCAGAUGGAAGAUUCAAAGGCCCCCUUGAUUGUUUCCUAAAGACGAUACGACACGAAGGCCCAUCUGCACUCUACAAGGGAGCCACACCACCACUCGUAGGCUGGAUGUUUAUGGAUAGCAUCAUGUUAGGUACUUUACAUAAUGCUCGUAUGUUUAUGCAAAGAUGGAACGGAGAUAGACCCCUAUCUGUCUUUCAACAUGGACUUGCAGGAUUAGCAGGUGGACUCACAGUCUCUUUUGUGGCUACACCUGUCGAACAGAUCAAAGCGAGAUUGCAAGUUCAAUAUGAUGCAGGCACAAAAGUGUACAGGGGACCGAUUGAUUGUAUUAGACAAGUGGUUCGUAAUAACGGUAUCUUUGGUCUCUGGCAAGGAUUGCUACCCACCAUGUUAUUUAGAAGUUGGUUUUUCGUAUUCUGGGGUUCAUAUGAAGUGUUUACAAAAGAGUUAACCAAGUUCAAUCUGUCAGAAGGCUCCGUCUCAUUUAUUGCUGGUGGUCUAAGUGCAACCGCGUUUUGGAUUGGCGCAUUUCCUUCAGAUGUGGUGAAAAACAGAUACAUGACACAACCGGAUGUAUCUCCAAAGAAGUUCCCUACGCCUACUUCAGUUGCACGCUUUGUAUACCAAACUGAAGGAUUACGUGGGUUUUAUAGAGGCUUUUUACCAUCCUUUUUACGAGCUUUUCCUACAAAUGCAUCUGCUGUAUUCAUGUUUGAAUUUGUCAUGGGUUUACUCAAGUAAUGACUUGUAUAUUAGAAUGUAUUUUUGCAUAAAAGAGUGUAACUAUGUAUUUCUGGUGUGCACGGAUAAAGAAAAAGGCUUUCAUUGGCGGAGAAAUGUUUUAAGGCUUUUUUUUUUUUUAAAAAAAUCUCUUUAUUGAGCCAAACGGAUCUCUUUUUGGAGCAAAUGUAAAAAACAAACAAAGACGAAACGGAUAUGGAUACAAGGUUAUGAGUCACAAUGAUCCAAAGUGAAAGAACAAGUUCUACAUAUACCUAUUUUAGUGGCACGUUUUUUCUUU